CGGCCCAUCCCGGGCGGCGGAGGAGGAGCCGGCGCGGCGGCUCCGGCCGGGCUGAGGCGCGGCCGGGCCCGCGGUGAGCGAUGUCCCUGGCGGAGCGGCGGCGGCGGCGGCAGGACGAGGAAGAGGAGCGGGAAGGGGAAGCAGGGGAUGGGGCCGGUGACGGGGAGGAGGUGGUGCAGAUCCGGCUGGGGGACAAGUGCUACCCGGUGUGCAAGAGGAAGCUGAUCGAGCAGAGCGACUAUUUCCGAGCGCUCUACCGCUCGGGAAUGCGGGAGGCAGGGCAGGGCCAGGAGGAGCAGCUGCUGCGCGGGGGGCUGAGCGCCCUGGGGCUGGAGCUGGUGCUGGACUUCAUCAACACGUCCUGCCUGGCCAGGCUGGAGCAGGACGAGGGCGGCGAGGAGGAGCCGCCGCUGCUGGAGGAGCUGGUGGAGGCCGCGUCCUACCUGCAGGUCACGCCCCUGCUGCGGCUGCUGCUGUCGCAGGUGCGCCUGGGCAACUGCUUCGAGCUGCACCGCCUGGCGCAGGUGUACGGCCUGCAGGACCUGCACGACGCCUGCCUGGACUUCAUGGCCGCCCACUACCACCAGGUGCUGCGCAGGCCCGACGCCCGCCCGCACCUCCUGCUGCCCCCGGCGCUGCAGCAGCAGCUGCGGGAGCGGCGCAUGAGGGGCACGGCCACGCUGCUGCUGCUCGGGGACUUCAUGGGCGCCUGCCCGCCGGGGCUGCCCGCCGGCUGGCACCCCGCGGGGGACGCGCCCUGGGCCAUGCUCAGGUACGACGAGGAGGCGCAGCGGUGGCUGCCGCUGGCCAACAACCUGCCCGCAGACCUGGUGAGCGUCCGCGGCUACGGCUCGGCCACGCUGGACAAUUACCUGUUCAUCGUCGGCGGCUAUCGCAUCACCAGCCAGGAGAUCUCGGCCGCGCACUGCUACAACCCGUGCCUGAACGAGUGGAGCCAGCUGGCCUCGAUGAACCAGAAGAGAUCCAACUUCAAGCUCCUGGCUGUCAGUGGGAAGCUCUACGCCAUCGGUGGCCAGUCCCUUUCCAACGUGGAGUGCUACAACCCGGAGAAUGACUGGUGGAACUUCGUGGCAUCCAUGCCAAACCCUCUCGCAGAAUUCUCUGCUUGUGAAUGCAAGGGCAAGAUCUACGUGAUUGGAGGAUACACUGCACGAGGCAGGAACAUGAGCAUCCUGCAGUACUGUCCCACUUCUGAUUCCUGGACCAACUUGGAGCUGUGCGACAUGCACGUGCGCAAGCAGCAGAUGCUGUCUGUGGAGGAGACCAUCUACCUGGUGGGGGGCUGCAUCCUCGACCUGGGGCCCAGCCAGAGGGGCAGCCCCAGCGAGGACGUGCUGACAGUGCAGUCCUACAACACUGCCACCAAAGAGUGGCUCUACCUCAAUGAGAACUCGUCCAAAUCCGGCCUUAACUUGACUUGCGCGCUCCACAACGAUGGGGUCUAUAUCUUGAGCAGGAAUAUCACUCUGUCUUCCAGCCUGGAGCAGCGUCUCUUCCUGAAGUACAACAUCUUCACGGACACUUGGGAGACCCUGGGGCGCUUCCCAGCCUUUGGACAAAACAUUCUGAUCUGUUCUAUGUAUUUGCCUGAUGGGCGAGAAGUGUGACAGCACAAGGGUGUUCUUUUCAGUUCAUUAAUCGUUCUUUGAUGAAAUAUUGCUCCCUCUGAGUAAUUCCGUUUUCAGAAUGUAAUGUGGUUGCAUAAUGCAGGCAUAAAAUACUGAUUCUGUUCUCUAAAAAGGUUUCAGAAUACAAUAUGAAAUGUUUCCAGAAACAGUUUUAAGAUGUCGAUUUAAACAUUUUACUGGUUUGGAUUAAAAUUUCACCAGGUAUUGUUUGCAAUUGAAACAUCAAAUUUUUGUGUUGGCAACUGAUUCCGGAGUUCCAAAGGCAAAACUGAUCAGUCUGGUUUUUUUCUUGGUCUUAAUAGACAGUGUAGAACCAAACAUACACAUUUUAAAAGUGUUUUUAAAUGUUUAAAAACAUUUUAAUUCAAUAAAGUAAAUAAUUAGUAUAAUCAAAA